AUGAUAGAAUUAGGAGAUAAAAAAUAUAUUAAGGCAAGUUAAAGAAAAAAACAAAUUUAGGUUGUUGAAUCUGAGGAUUUAUAUAAAACUAUCUUAUAAGACUAAGAUGAUAGCAUAUUUUCAACAAAUUACAAAAGAGGACCAGAAAAAUCUAUUGAAGAAGAAUAUCUUUCUAGAUAAAUGAAUGCGCCUUUUAUUAAGUAUUUACCAACUUUUUAAGAAAUCUAACAUCAAAACUAGACAAAUUCAGAAUUUUAAAACUAAGAGGAUUUUAAAUUUAGAAGCAAUAAAUCUAAUGAAUUUAAAUUGGAUAAUUAAUAAGUAGAAUAGUAGAAUGAAAAUUAUUUUUUUAAUUCUGAAAAUGAAUAGGAAUACAAAAUUAUUAAGGUUGAUUAAUUAGAGCCUUUCAUAACUUUUUCAUUAAAUAAUAAUAAUGGUUCUAUGAAGAAUGAAAUAAACAACUAAUAGAAAAAAAAUUUAACUUAAAUUAACAAAGGCUUAAUAAGGAAAACUAUUUAUAAAAUAUGA